AUGCCGAACAUGAGCUGGGUCUUCCUUGCAGGUUCCAAAGACGGCAGCAUUCAAGAGGUGAACGUGAGCCCCUGCCCCACGCAGCCCUGCCUGCUCCAUAAGGGGACAUCCUACAGCAUCAACGUCACCUUCGCCAGCAAGAUCGAGAGCCAGGGCAGCAAAGCGAGGGUGUAUGGUGAGAUGCUGCAUGUGGACAUACCCUUUCCAAUUCCUGAGCCCGAUGGAUGCAAGUCUGGGAUCCAGUGCCCCAUUCAGAAGGGCCAUUCCUACAGCUACCUGAAUAAACUCCCUGUGAAGAGCGAGUACCCCAGUAUUAAAUUGAUUGUGAAGUGGGAGCUGGUGGAUGACCAGGACCAGAUGUUGUUUUGCUGGAAGAUACCAGUGCAAAUCACCAGCUGAGGAGUCCUGUCAUUAGUAGGGCUUGGGGAGGGGAAAACCAGGAGACAACACAGGCCAAAUUCUUUUAUAUAAUAAGCAUUUCUUACUGCUUUCUUCAGAGUUCUAUAGCCUCUGAGCAGCCAGUGCUGUGUUCCUGCAAGCAUGGGCAGAGGGUUCUUAGCCCGUUCAGAGCCCCCUACGGUGUUCUCACAGCAGCUCAAGUGGGAGCAGGACUGACUGAGGAUCAUCCUCCAGCUGCUUUGCAGAGGUGGUUUAGUGAAAUGGAGCUGUCUGUCCUCACAAAUGACUUUCUCUGCGAUGAACCUGGCUGGUGUCUGAGCUUCUACCUGGUAAUCUUUCAGUGCCUCUUCUAGAAUGCCAGCUGCAUCCACCCUCCUGUGCUUCUCCUGCUCUUGUUGCAACCAGGAUGCCCCUGGGACCUGCGUUUGCCACCCAUGCAGCUGGAGAGGAAAGGAGACUUUCCCUGAGCUGGUAGGACUGCAGCUAGGAAAGCUUCCUUUUUGUGGAUGCAAAGCCAAGUGGCGUUCGAUGUCUCUGCAGGGAUGAUUCUUUUUCUAACCAAUGGUUUGCACUACUACUAACUCAGAGCUGCUGGGAGCUCCUGAACCUCUUUUUAUAACUUUCCUUUUAAUAAAAGCUAAACAAAAUCUG